AUGAGCUCAAGCUCAUUUCCAACCCUACCCAGUGCUUCGCACGAACCUGUCCCUGAAGCGCAACAACAUCUCGCGGCUCGACAUAAGCGACGGAUUAGUUUAAGGCCCCACCGACUGUCAGUGCAUGGUAGCAAAAGCAACGAUGACAGUCUGCGUUCGAACCGCCGGAGAGGAGUUGAUUUGAACAUUGUUGAGCUCGAUGCAGAACCAGAGCCAGACUGCGUGAUCAACACGGAUGUCCGCGUUGAGAAUGGCUCCCAGUCUCAGGACGACGACGAGUCCAAGGAUCUUUACGAGUGGGCUAUCCUCUACGAGAACCAGAGGGGCAUCACUCUAUUCUCCAUCCCGUACUAUUCUAAGCUCUCGUUAUUGCCAAACGACCCACCUCCGUUCACCGUCCCCAACGAGGCCACGGGUCAUGGCAGAGUCGCAUCCCGCCAGCGAACAACUCUUCGUGCAAUAGGGGCCCUUUCCGACUAUCAGCUCCCAGAUCCCACAUGGCGUUGGGUGAGCAAAUUCUGGAUGGUAGAUAUGCGUGGUGAUGGGGAGGUCCAGCAAGACGGUUAUGAAUACAACUGGUGCUUUCGUUCAAAAGGAUGGCGUGCUUCUAUAGGAUCUUUUAACGCUGGUGGAUGGGUACGACGGCGACGUUGGGUUAGGCUGAUGAUGCGGCCCGCAAACGCCGUAUCUCCCUUGCGUUCAUCAACCUUUGAGGUCGAGUCAACCAGCCCAUCAUCAACAGAUCCUGUUCCCACCCCAGGCUCCACAACAACCAUAAACGAGUCUGAAAAGAACGAGAAGGGCGAUGCACUCAUUUGGCGUGGGGACGAGGACGACUGGUCGCGUGUACGAGAUGCGCUCAGGAACUUUAGGAGUGACGGCAGGAGGCUUGAAGCUUGGGAGCGCUGGCUCGCACUUGAGGAGCAGGCUCUGCUGGUUCGUGCCACCGAGCGACUCGGUAUAGGAGUAGGAAAUGGCAUCAAACUCCGAAUGGACGACUGGGACCUGCGCCAUGCCAUUGACCCCGCCUCACCCAUAUCGCGCGACACUACUCCCGGAACACUCCACAUCAGGGCACCCGUGCCGUCAAAGGAUGUUGUGUUGCCUGUUCUUCGUGAAAAUCUCCAACGUAUUCUUAGUACAUUCAUAUUUCCCGAUUCACGUGCUCAAUUCCUAGAACUACUGCGGUUGGCUGGAUAUAACGAGCAUCUGAUACCCCAACUAUCUACCUUUGAUUCUCAUUCAGAUUUCUGGAGCCUUGCAAGAUCCGUGACACCCCAAUCUCAAAGCCCGGGCAAAUCUACAAAACGUCUCAGCUCGAUUGCUGAUACACACUGA